UUUUAUUCUUACGGUAUUUCAUUCCUCAUGCCAACCUAAAGUCCUUAAGAAUUGUAAUCCUACCAUAUUCUUCCUGAUUUAGAAACCGUACCCCAUGCGAGGAGUAGUAUGGACAUCCCUGCAGCCAAACAACCGGGCAAUUUUCCCUCCACUUAGAAAUCCAAACUUCCCCUUUAUUAAACGAACCUACAGAGUUACUUGAAAAAAUCAACUCAAUUUGUUGUGGAAUUUGAUCCUUGUAAAUGUUGAGUACUCUAUGUACUGUGCUCGACAAAUGCAAAUCAAUGGCAGAGCUUAAGCAAGUACAUGCUCUGUUGAUCGCUUUGAACCUUUCGCAAGACGAAGCAUUUGCAUCAAGACUUCUCUCUUUCGCUGCCAUCUCGGAUUCAGCCUUCGUUGAUUACUCUUAUCGAAUCUUUCUGCAACUCUCUGCUCCAACAAUCUUCCACUGGAACACAAUCAUAAGGGGUUAUUCAAAAAGCAAGAACCCAAACAAAUCAAUCUCUGUUUUUGUUGAAAUGUUACGAAUUGGAGUCACACCAGACCAUCUAACGUACCCUUUUCUUGUCAAAGCCUCUGCGCACUUGUCGAAGCUUCGAUUGGGGACGGCAGUGCAUGGCCGUGUUUUGAAAACUGGGUAUGAGUCUGAUCGGUUUGUUCAGAAUUCUUUGAUUCAUAUGUAUGCUAGUUGUGCUGAUAUAGUGUAUGCACGUAAACUGUUUGAUGACAUGCCAAAGAGGAACUCGGUUUCUUGGAAUUCUAUGCUGGAUGGGUAUGCUAAAUGUGGGGACCUAAAUUCGGCACGGGAAGUGUUUGAACUGAUGCCAGAGCGGGAUGUUGUGUCGUGGAGUUCUAUGAUUGACGGGUAUGUCAAGGACGGGAACUAUGGCGAGGCAUUGGCAGUUUUUGAGAGAAUGCGGGUUGCAGGGCCUGAUGCCAACGAGGUGACAAUGGUUAGUGUUUUGUGUGCUUGUGCUCAUUUAGGUGCGCUUGAGCAAGGGAGGACUAUGCAUCGCUACAUGGUUGACAAUGGGUUGCCUCUAACUUUAGUGUUGCGAACGUCUCUUGUGGACAUGUAUGCCAAAUGUGGGGCGAUACAGGAAGCGUUAGCUGUCUUUCGCGGUGUUUCAAUGAAUCGAACCGAUGUGUUAAUUUGGAAUGCUAUGAUUGGAGGACUUGCAACGCAUGGUCUUGUUAUGGAGUCACUCGAUAUGUUUACAAAAAUGCAGACUGUAGGGAUCUUCCCAGAUGAGAUCACAUACCUGUGCUUGUUGAGUGCUUGUGCACAUGGAGGUUUAGUGAAGGAAGCUUGGUACUUUUUUGAGUCUCUUGGUAAAGAUGGCAAGACACCGAAGAGUGAGCAUUAUGCUUGCAUGGUGGAUGUUCUAGCGCGUGCAGGUCAAGUAACAGAGGCAUACCACUUCUUGUGUCAAAUGCCGGUGGAACCAACACCUUCCAUGUUAGGUGCAUUACUUAGUGGCUGUAUGAACCAUAAAAAAUUAGGUCUUGCAGAAAUAGUGGGAAAGAAGCUUCUUGAGUUGGAGCCGUAUCACGAUGGUAGAUAUGUUGGUUUAUCAAAUGUUUAUGCAGUAGUCAAGCGCUUCGAUGAAGCAAGAACGAUGAGGGAAGCUAUGGCGAGAAGAGGGGUGAAGAAGUCUCCUGGGUAUAGUUUUGUGGAGAUAUUUGGAACCCUUCACAGAUUCAUAGCUCAUGAUAAAACUCAUCCCAAUUCAGGACAAAUCUAUAUGAUGCUAAACAAUAUUGUAAAACAAAUGAAAUUUGAUGCGGAUAUUGAAACACAAGAGCAUUGUCUGUGUGAUAUUGAAGAGGGGUGAGGUUUAUAUGCUUCUACUAUACGACAUUGGUUGUGUGUCAAAUGUCUGUAAUUUAUGAUUUUCAAUAUCAGUCAGAAAUAUGGUAAAAGGGAUCUUCUACCGUCUACAAUAUAGUUCACAAAUAUAUAAUGUUUUCUAUUUUAUUUUGCGGUACGUUUAUAAUGAUUCUUCUGAGUAUUUAAUAUUUAUUCUUUUCAAGACUAGAAACUAUUUAUUUAUUUUAUUUUAUUUUUUUUUUUGGUUGGGUAGAGCUCAACUGGGAACGGAAGUGAAGAAAGUGGCUCAAUGAGCUUCCACCUUCUCUCUCUCUAUGUAUAUGAGGACGUGUGAGGAGGAAGCGUUAACCUAUAUAUAAGAUGCUCACCAUAACCUAUAUACAGAGAUGUAUAUAUACGGAGAUGUCUAUUUAUAAUAUCACUGCUUCAUCACCAAAACC